AUGUCAAUAACAAAAUCUUCAAAAGAUAUAAAAUUUUCCAACAAUUAUAACGAAAUAAUUAAAUAUUUAAGCCUGAUUUUAGAUGGCACAGAAGCCGAUGACACAAAAAAGAAAUCAAAGAAACUCGAAACUUUAUUAACUGAAACAACUAAAUUAACCAAAGAUAAAGAAGAAAAAGCCAAAGAGAUCAGAAAAUUAGAAACCAAGAAAAAAUCCUUAAAACAUGUUUUCGCCUACCACCGAGAAGCCGAAAACCAACGCACUCGACUCCACGACAGCAUAGGACAAGGCGACAAUUUAGACACCAACCAAGAUUUUUACACUGACACUAAUCCCAUAGAUAAUCUUUAUAAGAUUAAUCUUGGCACAGAAAUAGAGACAACCGAAGACCAAAUGAUUAAAACUAUCGCCCGAAUAGUUAAGGCUUUACAAAAAGUUGAUGUUGCUGACUUCACCGCCAAAUAUAACGCCAAAGAAUCUGAUACUACCAAGCAAGGUCAG